AUGGUACAUUUUGCGCAGUUCACUGCGAAGACAUUGAAUCGGCAAGCAAAGAAGGCACAGAAGGACGAGAAUGCAGAGAAAGCGCGACUGAAGAAGGCUGGUUGGAGCCUGCCUUCCAUGAAAUCUACUGACAGGCCCGGAACAUGCAAUUCACAGGCACUUCAACAAGGGAACACCGAGGGCGCACGCAUAUAUGCUUCCAAUGCUAUAAGGAAGAAGACUGAGUCUCUCAACCUGCUGCGUCUUGCUAGUCGACUAGAUGCAGUUGCGAGCCGGGUGGAGACGGCAGUAACGAUGAGACAAGUUACUGGUAACAUGACGUCCGUGGUAAAGGGCAUGGAUAAGGCAAUGGACAACAUGAAUUUGGAGAGGAUCUCACUUGUGAUGGACAAGUUCGAAGCCCAAUUCUCAGACUUGGACGUGCAAACCUCCUACAUGGAAGAUGCCAUGUCGAGCACAACAGCCGUCUCCACACCCCAAGACCAGAUAGAUCAGCUCUUACGGCAGACAGCUGAAGAAGCUAAUAUCGAAUUGCAACAUGACCUCAACUCCAAAGAUCUAUCAGGUGUUGCAGACCUCAAAAGCGACGAGAUCGGUGAGGAGGAUGAUAAAUUAGUUGCAAGACUGAGGGCUCUCCGACCAGCCAUGUAA